AUGGGCAGCAUUCGCAGCCGUCAGGGAAGCUACGGACCAGCUGACGGACCAAGAUCUUCGUGCCAUCUGUUCGACUCGACAGUCCUUCCAGCGCUCUGUUACGCAGCGGAGACGUGGGCAGACACCGAGGCCACGUCUAGGAAGCUACUUACUACCCACAGAGCUCUUGAGAGAUGUCUCCUGAAGUUUAACCGGCGCACACAACACCUUGCCGGUCUUCGUAGCUCCGACUUAAGAGGAAUGUCCCUUUUUCGCGACCCAGCAGAAUAUGUGUCGAAAGCAGAACAUAGAUGGGCUGGUCAUAUCAUGAGAAGAAUCAACGAUAGAUGGACUAAAAGAACGCUAGAGUGGAUCCCAAGGGACGCUUAA